CGCCCAGUCUCCUUUAUUACUUGCACGAGUUUUCAAGUCUCCGUGGGUACCGGCAGCUCAGGUCGUGCCGUCUACGGAAUGUGUGCUCGCUCUGGGUACACAGACCCUGUUUGUUAACGAGCCGCCGUGCCACGCCUCUCUGGAAAUAUAAAGAGCCGACUCCCAGGGACUCGCACUCCACAGCUGCCAAAAUGAGAAACGUCGCGGUCACCCUGCUCUCCUACGUCGCCUGGCUCUGCCAAGCCGAGGACGCGUCUAAUGACGUUUCUGUAUUUAUGCCCAAUCAGUUGCAACAAGGAAGCUUUCCUGGUACAUCUGACCACACAGAGGCCACCCACAACCAAUCUAAAUCCAUGCUACUAGAGACAUUCUCCAUCACUGGGUCCCUUGGAUCUGAGCCUAAAUACAACAACCAACAGGAGGCACAGGACUGGCACAAGAGUGGCAAUGUGGUCCCCUUGCCACAGCCCGAUAAACUGAAAAAGGCAACCAAGAUCCACAGGUUUCCCACUGAGCACAACAGUGAGAAAAUCAGGAUUGAAACCCGGACAUUGGCUGCUGACACGAUUAAUACAAUCAAGCAGUCCUUUGUGAGCAGCAACAACCGUACACAGAAGAGUGGGCACAGCAGCUUUCUCCCCACACCAGAUCUGGAACAAGAAGUCCAGACAGCCGGUAGAACUUCCCGACUGCAGAGCCAAGUCCAACCCCAAGUGCAAAACAGAUAUAUGGAUCCUGAAGAGAACCGGCCAGGCAAGGCCAGCAUGUACCAUGUGGGAAGAAAUGGCACACGACAGUGGCAGGGCCUCAACCGGCGGUCGUCCAGUCUGCUGCACCAACUUCACACUCUGAAGGAAGAGACAGAUGUAACAAAGGAAGCCAUCUGCUCCAGUGAGUGUGGAAAAGAGAAAGAAGAAAGAGAGUUGUUCUGCUCCAGUGAAUUCGCAGUCAAUGGCAUCGUACAUGAUGUGGACAUAAUUCGGCGUGGGAUUCGCCUUGUUACGUUGCUGGUAAACAGCAAUGGAUUCUACAGAGCGAGUCGUCUCUAUGUCACACCUGAUGGCUUUUUCUUCAAGGUUCGCAUUUUGGUGUUGGAAACAUACAGAUGUGCCAAGCCUUGCCAUGACUUCAAACUGGGGAGCAGAUACAUAGUAAUGGGACACAUCUACCACCGGAGGCGCCAUCUUCCCAGCGAGCUGCCAAGAUUAGUGGCUGGAAGGCUGAGGCCAGGGGAUGGUCUUGUUCGCAGCAGCAGCUAUGUCAAGCGAUACAAUCGGAAGCGGGAACAAAGAAUGCAAGAUGUCCUACAACUCAAAUGCAAAUAAGAAUUCAUCAGAACAAUACAAUGCUCAAUAUAUACAUAGUAGGCAACUAGAAAUGACCAACUCCUGGACUUGAGGCUGCCACUCUACUAUAUUCAGUAGAGAGAUGUGUUCACACUUCAUAAUUUAUUACAGACUUUAAAGCAAGCAGCUCAAAGUGACAGUUUGUUGCUGUAAAACAAGGAAAGGACUGGUCUUCUUAUUGGGACCCUAUGGUGGAUUACUCCUGUACAGUAUUUUGUAUUGUUUGUUAGGUUUGCAGAAUAUGGCUAAGCAGCAGGAAUUCCAUUCAAGCACUUGUUUUGGGCAAUACCCUAUUAGCAGAAGUGCCCAAGUUCAAUCCUGGAGGGCCACCAUGGCUACAGGUUUUCACUCUAACCUUUUUCUUAAUUGGUGACAAGUUUUUGCUGCUGAUUAACUUAAUUGAAUUGCUAUUUAAGACUCAACCCCGUUAAAUCAGGGAUGAGCAACGUCGGUCCUGUAAGGCCGCUGUGGCUGCAGGGUUUUAUUCCAACCAAAUUGCUUGAAUUCACUUUUUAAAUUGAUCAUUAUUAUCAAUAAGAGGUUGAUAAGAAAGGAACCUGCAGAUCUCCAUGUAAACCGUUUCCAUUAACCUGGGUGUACUCGCUGUGCACUUUUAACAGAAUACUCAAAAGGAAACUGAAGAGAACCUGAAGAACUGAAAAUUAUUCAUUUGCUUUAGGCUUUGAAUCAUUUGGAUGAUAUCAUUCGAAAGGAAAAAAACCUGUGAUUUAAGAAUGACAUGACAUUGCAGAGUUAAAACACUAACAAGUCAUGAUAUUAAAUAGGACCCGUUAUUGGCAAGGAUUUUUUUCUAAUCAAAAACCUGCAGCCUUUGCUGCCCUCCAGGACUGACACUGAUCACCCUUUCCCUGUAGUUACUGUAACUUUUUAAAACCCAGUUUAUGAUAUGCAGGUGGUUUUGUAAAUUAAGAACCCAAUGAAAGCCAGAAAAUAUAUAUUAUAUUUAGCAUUGUGAAAAAUUUGUGCGAGAGGAAAUUAUAUAUAAAAAAAGCAAGAUGAAUCAAAGGUUCUUAACAUUUUUCCUAAUGCAACUCCAUUUUGGCAAGUAUAGAUGUGGUUUUGGAGUUCUGGUGACUUUCACUUAAUGUGGGUGUACUUUAGUGUCAUUCAAGUUAUACACAGACUUUCAAAGGGUGGAGAAUCUAGCUGCAGAACCUGCUUGUAUUCACUUUUUUUUUUUUUUUUUAACUUUCUUGCAAUUUUUUAUGCAAAGCUACAUUUGUUUGUUUUUAUUUGUAUUAAGAAGUGUAGUAUAAUACUACAAAUUUUGUAACAAUUUUUGUAUUUAAGUUGACAAUAAUAAAAAUCCUGGGUGACGUGGGUGGCUUAACCUGAUUUUGGCUUUUCAACCUUAAAA